CAGGUGCCACCGGAACCCCCCCAUUGCGGCUGUGAGAGGACGGGGGUGGCCCGGGCCCCCCCAGGGCCCCCCCCAGGGCCCCCCCAGCGGCCAUGACCCCCCCCGGCCACCAAGGGACAACGCGGGGCCCCAGGGCCACCCAGAGACUGAGCCCGACGGCGACCCGAGGCCCCAUGGGCAACCGAGGCCUCAUCACGGGCAACCGAGGCCCCAUGGGCAACCGAGGCCUCAUCACGGGCAACCGAGGCCCCAUGGGCUACCAAGGCCUCAUAGUGGGCAACCGAGGCCUCCUGGCCACCCAGGGCUACCAGGAUCACCUAGAGACUAAGGCCCACCAAGAGUUCAUGGGCAACCAAGGCCUCGUGGGCAACCAGGGCCUCACGGUCAACGAGGGCUACCAGGACCACCUAGAGACUAAAGCCAAUGGAGACACUAUGGGCAACCAAGGCUUCCAGGACACCUGGAGGCCAACAGGGGCUCCAUGGCCAAUGGGGGCUCCAUGGCCAAUGGGAGCUCCAUGGGCAACCAAGGCCUCGUGGGCAACCAGGGCCUCAUGGUCAACGAGGGCUACCAGGACCACCUAGAGACUAAAGCCAAUGGAGGCUCCAUGGCCAACCAAGGCUUCAUGGGCAACCAAGGCUUCCAGAACCACCUGGAGGUCACUGGGGGCUCCAUGACCCACCAGGGCUCCAUGGGCAACCAAGGCUUCCAGGACCACCUAGAGACUAAGGCCAACGGGGGUUCCCUGGCCAGUGGGGGGCUCCAUGACCCACCAGGGCUCUGUGGCCAACCGAGACUUCCAGGACCAUCUAGAACCCAACAUCAACCAUGGCUCCGUGACCCGGUUGGACGGAGGGUCUCCAAGGCACCGUGGCCAACCAGGCUUCCAGGACUAUCUAGAGACCGAGGCCAACCAAGACCCCACGGCCAACCAAGACCCCAUGGCCGAUCAAGGCCCCACAGCCCAUCUAGAACCCCAUGGCCAACCAAGACCCCAUGGCCAACCGAGUCUCCAAGGACCAUCUGGAGAUCAAGGUCCACCAAAGCCCCAUGGACAUGAAGACCCAUGAAAGCUCCAAGGACCAUUCAGAGACCAAGGCCAAUCAAGACCCCAUGGACCAUCUAGAACCCAAGGUCAACCAAGGCCCCAUGGACAUGAAGGUCCAUGAAAGCUCAAUGGCCAACCAAGACCCCAUGGCCAACCAAGGCUCCAAGGACCAUCUAGACCCCAUGGCCAACCAAGACCCCAUGGCCAACCAAGACCCCAUGGCCAACCAAGGCCCCCAAGGACCAUCUAGAACCCAAGGUCAACCAAGGCCCCAAGGGCCACCUAGAACCCAAGGUCCCCCACGGACUGGAGACCCCUCUGUCCUCAAAGGCCCUCAAGACCCCACCGCCCGCCUAGAACCCAAGUCCCCCCACAUCCCCCCAUCCAACCGGGCCACCCCAUCCCGCCAUUGUCCCCGCGUCCCCCAGGUGCCCACCUGGCUUGGCGCUCUUGACCUUGGGCUCCCUGCUCCUCCGGGGACGUCGGGGGCGGCGCUGGAGUUCGGGGGCGCCCCGGGCCAAUGGGCACGAUACGGGCGGUGGGCGGCGGGCGCCGGCGGGGGCGCCCAACUGAGCUUCAGCCAGACCAACGUGUCGCGGGCGCUGCUGCUCUACAUGGACGACGGCGGCAACUGCGACUUCCUGGAGCUGCUGGUGGCCGAGGGCGAAGUGCGGCUGCGCUUCGGCAUCGCCUGCGCCGAGCCCGCCACGCUGCAGCCCCCCCCCGCCGUCAACGACGGCCGCUGGCACAUGGUGCUGGUCACGCGGGCGCGCGCGCGAGGCCACGUGGCCGUGGACGGCGAGACGCGGGCGGGGCGCGUGCGGUCGCGCCGCGCCGACAUGGUGGUGGCCAGCGACCUGUUCGUGGGGGGGAUCCCGCACGUCCGUCUGUCCGCCCUGACGCUCAGCACCGUCAAGUACGAGGCGCCGUUCCGCGGCUGGUUGGCCAACCUGAAGGUCGGCGAGGAGCCGGCGACGCCGCUCGGGGCGCAGGGCGUGCGCGGCGACGGGGACGGCGCGCUGCGGGCGCCACCCGCCCUGCGCCACGGCGGGCGCUGCACCGAGCGCCACGGGGAGCCGCGCUGCGACUGCGCCGGCACCGGCUACCGCGGGCCCUUCUGCGACCACGAGGAAGAACCUGCGGUGGAAGGUCCCGCCCACCUGCGAGUCACGAGCCAAGGGCCCGCCGAGGUCACCGAGGGGUCACCCGGUCCCGGUGCCAGCGAGAUCCAGCAGGCGGCGAAAGGCGGCGCCGAGUACGUGGCCACGUUCAAGGGCAACGAGUUCUUCUGCUACGACCUGUCGCACAACCCGAUCCAGAGCAGCACGGACGAGCUGACGCUGUCGUUCCGCACGCUGCAGCGCAACGGGCUGCUCCUGCACACCGGCAAGUCGGCCGACUACGUCAACCUGUCGCUCAAGAGCGGCGCCGUGUGGCUCGUCAUCAACCUGGGCUCCGGCGCCUUCGAGGCGCUGGUGGAGCCGGUCAACGGCAAGUUCAACGACAACGGCUGGCACGACAUCCGCGUCACCCGCAACCUGCGCCAGCACGCAGGGAUCGGACACGCUAUGGUGACGAUCUCGGUGGACGGAACGGGCUACACGCAGGAGGAUUUCACCAUGCUGGGCUCCGACGACUUCUUCUACGUGGGGGGGUCGCCCAACACGGCCGACCUGCCCGGCUCCCCCGUCAGCAGCAACUUCAUGGGCUGCCUCAAGGACGUGAUCUACAAGAACAACGACUUCAAGCUGGAGCUGUCGCGGCUGGCGCAGGCGGGGGACGCGCGGGUGACGCUGCACGGGGACCUGCGCUUCCGCUGCGAGCCCGUGGCCCCCCCGGAGCCCGUCACCUUCGCCACCCCCGCGGUGCUGGCGCUGCCGGGCUGGGGCGCCGCGCGCGCCGGCUCCGUGUCCCUGGAGUUCCGCACCACCGAGCCCGACGGGCUGCUGCUGUUCGGGGGGGGCGCGGCCCGCCCCCCCUACCUGGCGCUGGAGCUGCUGGACGGCCACCUGUACCUGCUGCUGGACAUGGGGGCCGGGGGGGUCAAGGUCAAGGCCACGGCGCGCAAGGUGACGGACGGCGAGUGGUGCCACGUGGACGUGCAGAGGGACGGGCGGAGAGGCUCGGUGUCCGUCAACAGCCGCUCCACGCCGUUCCUGGCCAGCGGCGACAGCGAAAUCCUGGACCUGGACUCCUGGCUGUACCUGGGGGGUCUCCCCCCGGGCCGGGAGCCGGAUGCCCCCGCUGCCCCCGAGCUCUGGACGGGGUCGCUCCGCUGGGGCUUCGUGGGCUGCGUGCGCGCGCUCUUCGUGGACGGGCGCAGCCGCGACGUGCGCGCGCUGGCGGCGGCGCAGGCGGCACCGGGCGUGGCCGCGUCGUGCGCGCGGGAGCCCGCCCGCCUGUGCGCCAGCGCCCCCUGCCGGAACGGAGGGCUCUGCCGCGAGGGCUGGAACCGCUUCGUCUGCGACUGCUCGGCCACCGGCUUCCUGGGGCCGCGCUGCGAGACCGAGGCGGCGGUGCUGAGCCUGGACGGCGCGGCGUUCCUGCGGGUGUCGCUGUCCCCCCGGCGCUCCGAGGCCGAGGCGGUGUCGCUGCGAUUCGCGUCCCCCCGGGCAUUCGGGCUCCUGCUCGCCACGGCCGCGCCGCGCUCCGCCGACACGCUGCGCCUGGAGCUGGACCGGGGCCGCCUGCGCCUCACCCUGCACCUCGACUGUGAGAGCGCGGGCUGCCACCCCAGCAAGGGUCCCGAGACGCUGGUGGCCGGGCAGCGGCUCGAUGACAACGAGUGGCACUGGGUGCGGGUGCUGCGGCGCGGGCGCAGCCUCCAGCUCUCCGUGGACAACGUCACCGUGGAAGGGCAGCUGUCAUUCCUGCACUGUCGUUCGCCGCGGCCGGUGCUGGAGCUGGCGGCGCUGGAGACGGGCCGGCUGUCGGAGCGGCGCUGGCCCCCCGGCGGCCCCUCCUCGCCCUUCCUGGGCCACCUGAGCUCGCUGCUGUUCAACGGGCGCCCGUACCUGGACCUGUGCCGCGACGGCGAGCUGGGCCGCGGCGCCUGCCGGCUGAGCGCGCGCUUCGGCCGCCGCGCCGUGCUGGGCGCCGCGCCGGUGGCGUUCGGCGGCCGCGGCGCCUUCGUGGCGCUGCCCACGCUGCAGGCCCGCGCCUCCAUGCACCUCUUCUUCCAGUUCAAGACCACGGCGCCCGACGGCCUCAUCCUGUUCAGCGGCGGCGACGGGACCCACUUCCUGGUGGUCGAGCUCGUCAAGGGGUACAUCCACUACGUGUUCGACCUGGGCGACGGGCCGUCGCUGAUGAAGGGGAACUCGGAGCAGCCGCUGCACGACGGGCGCUGGCACGAGGUGUCGGUGGCGCGGGAGGGGGGCGCCCUGCACGGGCUGCGCGUGGACGGGCGCCCCGUCACCCAGCACGCGAGGGGGGGGCGCGCCCUCGACCUCAAGGGGGAGCUGUUCGUGGGGGGCGUGUCCCCGCUGCUGCCCCGCCUCCCGCGGCUCGUGGCGUCCCGGGGGGGGUUCCAGGGCUGUUUGGCGUCUCUGGACCUGAACGGGCGGCUGCCGGACCUGCUGGGGGACGCGCUGCGGAGGGGGGGGCACGUCCGCAGGGGCUGCGACGGCCCCAGCACGACGUGCAGCGCGGACUCGUGCGCCAACCAGGGCGUGUGCCUGCAGCAGUGGGACGGCUUCGCCUGCGACUGCAGCAUGACGGCGCACCGCGGGCCCGCCUGCCGCGAGCCCGGCACCACGUUCAUCUUCGGCAAGGGCGGCGCCUCCAUCACGUACACGUGGCCGCCCAACGAGCGGCCCAGCACCCGCAUGGACCGGCUGGCGCUGGGGCUGAGCACCCGGCAGCAUGAGGCCGUGGUGCUGCGCGUGGAGAGCGCCGCCGGCCUGGGCGACUUCCUGCAGCUCCACAUCGUGCAGGGGAUGGUGGGGGUGCUGUUCAACGUGGGCACCGAGGACAUUGCGCUGCAGGAGCCGGCGCCGGUGAGCGACGGGCGAUUCCACGUGGUGCGGUUCACGCGCAGCGGCGGCAACGCCACCCUGCAGGUGGACGGGGGCGCCGUGCACGAGAGAUACCCCCCAGGCAGCGGGGACAGCGAGCGGCUGGCGCUGGCGCGGCAGCGAAUCCCCUUCCGCCUGGGGCGGGUGGUGGACGAAUGGCUGCUGGACAAAGGCCGGCAGCUGACCAUCUUCAACAGCCAGGCGCUGGUGCGGGUCGGGGGCGGCGAGCGGGGCCGCCCGUUCCAGGGGCAGCUCUCGGGGCUCUACUACAACGGGCUGAAGCUGCUGGCGCUGGCGGCCGAGGGGCACCCAAGGGUGCGGCUGGAGGGCGACCUGCGCCUGGUGGGGGAGCCGCCCCCGCCCCCCGCCCCGCCCGGCGCCACGCCCGCCCCGCCCGACAUGGCCACCACCAUCAUGGAGACCACCACCACCAUGGCCACCACCACCACCCGCAGGGGGCGCUCGCCCACCCUCAGGGACACCGUGGCGCAGAACACGGACGAUCUCCUGGUGGCCUCGGCCGAGUGUCCCAGUGACGACGAGGACCUGGAGGAGUGCGAGCCCGGGACAGGCGGUGAACUGGUGCUGCCCGCGGCCCCGCCGGCCGGGGGGGGUGUCCCCGCGGCCCCCCCCGCCUUGUCCCCGUCGCCGCCGCCCCCCCCCCCCCCCAACAACCCGGGGGUCGCAACGUGCGGGCCGGAUUGUGAGGAGCCUUCGGGCUUCGCGUCCGGGGAGGCGGCGGCGGAUCCCAACGCUCCCCCCGCGGACGACGAGGAUUUUGGCGGGCAACGCGGGCCGGGCGAGACCAUGGAGGGCGGCGCGGGGGGGGGGGGGGGGGCGGGACAUGGCGGCGCCCCGGCCGCGCGGCGCCGUGCUCACCGAGCCCCCCCCCCCCACCGUAGCCGUGGCGUUGCCGGGGUUGUUACCGGCGGGCGAACGGCACCCCCGGGAGGGGGGGGGGGUGGGGGUGGCGGGCGGCGCGGGGGGGGGGGGGGUUAGGCGGGCGCCCCCGCGUCACGCCGCCGGUGGUGACGCCCCGCCCCGCGCUUGUGCCCACAGCAGCGCCCCCUGGCGCCGUGGAGGUGGUGCGGGAGGCGGGCGGCACCACGGGCAUGGUGGUCGGGAUCGUGGCGGCCGCCGCGCUCUGUAUCCUCAUCCUGCUCUACGCCAUGUACAAGUACCGCAACCGGGACGACGGCUCCUUCCCCGGAGAGCCCCCCC